UAAAAAUUAAUUGAAUUAAAUCCAAUUAAAUCAAAUUAAAUGCCGCAUUGGAUGUGUGCGCUGCGCCUUUAACCGGGGCCAGUGCUCCAAGUGCGCCUGCGCGGCCACUGUUUAGUUUUUCUGGGACCUGAGGAUCCGUGAGGAGCCGCUGCCUGCUCCUGUCACGUCCUAGAGCCGCCGUGCGGGGUUUCCUACUUUUUAUUUCCCCCUGGAAUCACCGAGACUCUUCCCCGCACGCCUCUGCCCACGAUCACCACACCUGGGGGCGCUUUAAAUCCCGCGUCGGGACGAUAAACAACAGCUCGGAGCGGUUGCUCAAUGCCGCCGCCGCCGUCCAGCUCCCACAUCUCCCCACAUCCAUGUUGACUGCGGCAGCCUCCGCGCUGGGUUCUCGGCUACUCACGGCUCGACCUCUUUGUUUCCCCCGCGGACGUGGACCGGCAUGAACCGGGGCGGCUUGCGGACGUACCGCCGCGUGUCACCGCGAACAUCCCCGCGUCCGUGCGAGGGACUGUCGACGCGUUAAAAUGGCUGCGUUCGGAGGAGAAUGGUGUUGAACCAGCGCAGCGACGUUUCCCAGCAGAUGCAGCGGAGAAGCUAACGUCCCUCUCCCAGACAGCUAGCUCCAGCGUUAGCUCCAGUAGAUGCUGUUCGGUGGCUCCUUCCAUCAAGAGGCAGGGUGAAGGUGGAUUCCUGCAGCUUUUACACUGACACGUAGCUAACGUUAGCCAUCUUCUCCAAAGCUUCACGGAGAGGCUUUAACGUGAGUGUGCAGACCACCCCACGAACAUGCAGGACUUCUUUGUUGUUGAAGUGAACCAGCCCGAGUAGCCGAGGCUCUCCUCCCCCCGAAUCAGCUCCUAAAGGCCCGCAAGGUCUGACUCGGGGUGAACCAUGGAUCCCGGGGGCACAUGUAAGACUCGACUCUUUCUUUUUGGACCCACCACCCACGGUGAUCUGCGGCGGGUCAACAGAUACCUGGUGGUGUACGUGCUGUUUUACUUUGUGCUGUCCACGCACGCCUCCCCGGCGAAACCGUGCGACAAGAACUGCCUCUCCGGGAAAUGCAUCAACGGAUCCUGCGUCUGCGACCGAGGAUGGGUCGGGGACCAGUGUCAGCACUGCCAGGGCAGGUUCAAGUUAAUGGAGCCCUCAGGAUACCUCACUGAUGGUCCAAUCAACUACAAGUACAAAACAAAGUGCACCUGGCUCAUUGAGGGCUAUCCAAAUGCUGUUCUUCGGUUGAGAUUUAACCACUUUGCCACAGAAUGUAGUUGGGACCAUAUGUACGUCUAUGAUGGCGACUCGAUAUACGCUCCUCUCGUUGCUGUUUUCAGCGGUCUCAUCGUGCCAGAGAUACGAGGAAAUGAGACGGUCCCUGAGGUCGAGACGACGUCAGGCUACGCACUACUACACUUUUUCAGUGAUGCUGCCUAUAACCUAACAGGAUUUGAAAUAUUUUACUCGAUCAACUCUUGUCCCAAUAACUGCUCUGGCCAUGGGAAGUGCACCCCCGGGAACUCGGUCGCCAGCAGAGUGUACUGUGAAUGUGACAAGUACUGGAAAGGCGAGGCCUGUGACAUCCCCUACUGCAGAAACAACUGCGGCAGCCCUGACCACGGCUAUUGCGACCUCACCGGGGAGAAGCUGUGCGUGUGCAAUGACAGCUGGCAAGGUCCAGACUGCUCUCUGACUGUACCUUCAACCGAGUCCUUUUGGGUCCUACCAAGUGUCAAACCCUUUGGCACGUCACUCGCCAGAGCGUCCCAUAAGGCCGUGGUGCAGGAAAAGGUGAUGUGGGUGGUGGGCGGUUACACCUUCAACUACAGCUCCUUCCAGAUGAUUCUCAACUACAACCUGGAGAGUGGCAUCUGGAACACAGUACCCAUCAAUAGUGGCCCCGUGCCAAGAUACGGCCACUCUCUCGCUGCCUUCCAGGAUGAUAUCUUCAUGUUCGGUGGGAAACUAGAGGCCGGGUGGGGGAACGUGACAGACGAGUUGUGGGUGUUCAACGUGCCCAGUCGAACGUGGCAGCGGAGGAACCCUGUGGUCGGUCCGCUGGCCCAGGCUCAGAUUUACGCUGUGGAGGGACACUCAGCCCACUGCGUCCCGCUGGAGGGCGGUGGUGCCAUCAUGCUGGUCAUCUUUGGCUACUCCCCCAUCUACAGCUACAUCAGCAACGUUCAGGAAUACAACCUGAGAUCCAACACGUGGUUGGUACCUGAGACCAAAGGUGCCGUUCCACAAGGUGGUUACGGUCACAGCAGCACGUUCGACAGCUCCAGUGGCAGUGUGUACGUUCACGGAGGUUACAAGGCCCUGCCUGCCAACAAAUACGGCCUUGUUGAUGACCUCUACCGCUACGAUGUUAACACUCGGACGUGGUUCAUCCUGAGAGAGAGCGGCUUUCCACGAUACCUGCACUCAGCUGUGCUCCUCAGCGGCACACUGCUCAUCUUUGGUGGCAACACACACAACGACACCUCCCUCAGCAACGGGGCCAAGUGUUUCUCUGCUGACUUCCUUUCCUACGACAUCGCCUGUGAUGAGUGGAGGCUCCUGCCUAAACCAGACCUGCACAGAGAUGUGAACCGCUUCGGUCACUCUGCGGUGGUCAGCAAUGGGUCCAUGUAUUUGUUUGGCGGCUUCUCUGGAGUGCUGCUCAACGAUGUGCUCGUCUACCGACCCCCGAGCUGCCAGGCCUUUUUGGCAGAGGAAGGGUGCGCGAACACCGGGCCGGGGGUCCGCUGCAUCUGGAGCAGAGGCCACUGUCUCCCCUGGGAGCCCAGCAUGGCCAAUGGCAGCCUCACUCCUGCCCCAUUCUGCCCCCCGAAAGCUGUCACAGUGGACGAGCGGUGCUACCGGUUCUCAGACUGUGCCAGCUGUUCAGCCAACACCAACGGGUGCCAGUGGUGUGACGACAAAAAGUGCAUCUCUGCUAUCAGCAAUUGCACAUCUAACGUUAAGAACUUCACUGAGUGUCCAGUGCGGAACGAGCAGGUGUGCAGCAAGCUCGCCAACUGCAAGAGCUGCUCGCUGAAUCUCAACUGUCAGUGGGACCAGAACCAGCCAGAGUGCCAUGCUUUGCCUGCCCAACAGUGCAGCGAGGGUUGGAGCCAGGUGGGCGAGGCCUGCCUGAGGAUCAACUCCAGCCGCGAGAGUUACGACAACGCCCAGCACUACUGCAAGAACCUCAACGGAAACAUUGCAUCGCUCACCACCUCCAAACAAGUGGACUUCGUGCUUGAGGAGCUCAAGAAGCUCCAGCAGCAGGACAUGCGACUGUCCCCCUGGGUUGGUCUUAGGAAAAUCAACGUGUCGUACUGGGGCUGGGAGGACAUGUCCCCGUUCACCAACAGCAGCCUGCGCUGGCUGCCCGGCGAACCCAGCGACUCAGGUUUCUGUGCCUACCUGGAGGAGCCCCUGGUCUCAGGCCUGAGAGCCAAUCCAUGCACUGCCACAGCCCACGGCCUCAUCUGUGAAAAAGCAGCUGGAAACCCCAAUCAGAGUACCCGACCAUCCUGCAAGAAGCCGUGUUCGCUGCACACCAACUGUGGUAACUGCACCAGCCAGGCCAUGGAGUGUAUGUGGUGCGGCAGUGCUAAGCGCUGUGUCGACUCCACUGCCUAUGUCAUCUCUUUUCCCUAUGGCCAGUGUCUGGAGUGGCAGACUGGAGAUUGUGUGGCUCAGAACUGUUCGGGCCUGCAGACGUGUUCCCAGUGCUUGGAGCAACCCGAGUGCGGCUGGUGCGGAGAUCCCAGCAACACCGGAAAGGGAUUGUGCAUGGAGGGCUCAUACCGGGGACCCAUGAAGAGAACAGCGAAGCAGGGCCAGCCGGGCCAGUCCCACGACAUGAGUCUGGAGCCGGGCAUUUGCCCCAAAGACAAGGGCUAUGAGUGGGCCUUCAUUCACUGCCCUGCCUGCCAGUGUAACGGCCACAGCACGUGUGUGAACGGCAGCGUGUGUGAACAGUGCCGCAACCUCACCACCGGUCUUCACUGCCAGACCUGCAUGCCUGGUUACCAUGGGGACCCGACCAAUGGCGGCAAAUGCCAGGAAGUACGAGCCUUGAUGAGGAGCCAGCAGCAGGAGCUAAUGCGCUGGCACCUUGCAUGUGACUCAGAAAACCGUUACCUUGGCAAUCCACUCAGAGGAACCUGUUACUACAAUCUCCUGAUCGACUACCAGUUCACCUUCAGUCUCAUCCAAGAGGAUGACAAUCACUACACUGCCAUUAACUUUAUGGCCUCACCUGAGCAGGCGAACAAAAACUUGGACAUGUCCAUUAAUGCAUCCAACAACUUCAACCUCAAUAUCACCUGGUCGGUGGGAUCAACAGCCGGAACCAUUUCUGGAGAGGAGGUGCCCAUCGUGUCCAAAACUAACAUCAAGGAAUACAGAGACAGUUUCUCCUGUGAGAAGUUCACUUUUAGAAGCAACCCAAACAUCACCUUUUAUGUCUACGUCAGUAACUUCUCAUGGCCCAUCAAGAUCCAGAUCGCCUUCUCCCAACACAACAGUAUUAUGGACCUGGUCCAGUUCUUUGUUACAUUUUUCAGUUGCUUUCUGUCGCUCCUCCUGGUGGCAGCGGUUGUGUGGAAGAUCAAACAGACCUGCUGGGCGUCACGGCGGAGAGAACAACUGAUGAGAGAACGUCAGCAGAUGGCCAGUCGUCCAUUUGCCUCAGUGGCUGUUGCGCUGGAUGCCAGAGGAGAACAAACGGAAGUGCUGCAGCCGGUGGUUGAUGGUCUCCCUAAACCUGUUGCGAUGGAGCCGUGCUCAGGAGGGAAAGCCGCCGUGUUGACCGUCCUCAUGCGUCUGCCCUCUGGGACGUCAGACUUACCUCCACCAGGACAGUCAGGAAUCAUCGUUGCCAGUGCGCUCAUAGACAUUUCACAGCAGAAACCCUCAGAUUUUAAGGACAAGUCCCAGGCUCUGAAGAACAGGAAGGCCCUUCCUCCCGCACACCAAGGCACCUGCGUUUGAGACUCGACUCAUCAAUCCACCGGCUCCCUUUCUUAUGCCAUCUGAGGUCGCGUCGCACCAAACCCGCACAGUUCCCGCUGCUUGGAAACAUUUUCCAGAGACGAGAGAUGGCCACAUGUAGAAGAUUUCAUCCAGCUGCUACCACUGAAGUCCCACGAGCACAACACUCGUUACCUUUUCUGCCCCUUUUACUCUGCUCUGCAUAUUUCAGCCUCAUAAAUCCUCCUCCAGCCUGUGUGACGUUCUCCUUCACCUCCUGGGCUCUAACUUCUCUCUGAGAGGGGACCCACCUGGUCGCACCAUCGCAGAUAGAUUCAUCGGGAGGGUCCGCACCUUGUGACGCUUCAGUCGUAAAUGCUUUCGUGUCACCUCAUUGUCCUUUUGCUCAGCAUGAGGGAAAAGCAAAUGUGUCUGCAUUCGGUUGUUUAAAAGUCAAACUGAUAUCCCUCACACUGAGUUGGAAAAAAAAUCAGAGGAUUGAAAAUAGUAGAUUUCCAGAACACGCUGCCUAUGAGGGGUUUUGUCUUAUUUUUUCUUGCUUGCUACAAGCUACGGUGCUAAAGCAUUUAAUGACGAGUCUGACUCUUAACUCAGUUUUUUGCAGUAUUGACUGAAUCCAUUCUGCCUUUCUGUGGGGAAAGCUAUGUGCCAUGACAAGACUCUUUUUUAAAACCACAUGAAAGUGUUUUGACAACAGAGUGUGUUAUGUCUCACCACGUUGUCAGCUCCCAUCAACGAUCUCUCUUUAAGCAUUUGCCUGCACACACGUAUCAUCCACCCAGCUGAAGCGAAAGUCUGUAUUUCCUGCGGAGGACGUGUACAAAUGCUGCGGAGACACGAGACUGCAAUCACCACGGGCGGCACGCGGGGGAGACAAAUCGUCAAAGUAAAAGCAUGGGAGACUCGAAGGAAAGUUGAAUGUUACAGAAAUGAAGAAGAUUCAUGACAGAAUAACACUGACGUUCUGGUUCAUUCUUUGCUGUAGUUUGUAAUUGUGUCAUUUGCUGUGCAACUCGGACAUGAGCCUUUUGAACUUGCCUUCGGAUUGAUGUGGUUCUGAGGCCGUGCAGGGGAAAGACGUCUGCUUGACCUCAGCGGAGCGGGGACUUCAUGCUCCUCGGGCUGUUUACUCGUCUGUUUUCUAAUUUUCUUUUGAAGCUACGACUUUAUUUCCACCUUUGAGUACAUGGAGAUGUGUUACCUUUUCUAAUGCCUUGGCUUUCCAUGAACUCCUUCUGGAGGGGGGGCAUGUUGAUCUGCAGAAUUUUCAAAGCUGUCAACCAUUUUUAGCCCGACCUCCAUCCUGAGCUGUACAGUGUCUCGUUGGAACAAAUGUGAGUCUUUGUCACUCCUGUCUCUUGAGAGUUCAUGUGUUUGUCAGGUUUUUAUGACAGAUCGGGAAGAGAAGAUCAUUUAUUUUAGGCCUUGUCCCCUGUUACUAUUAUAUCGAUGAUAAAUUGUAAGUCUUUUGCUACACUUGUGAAAAAAAAAAAGCGUUUCUGUUGAUAUUUUUUUGUUUUGAUAUUUAACAGAUUCCUGUGUAAUAGCGCAUUUAACUUGAUUUUAUUCUUGACUUCAACCAGUUGUUUUAAUGUCGACUGUUACUUGCAUCAUGCAUCUUUGAGGACUUAAUGGGCAUUGUCUUGCUUUUUGUUGUGGUCAUUUUUGAUACAUUUCAUGAGGAUCGUACGCCAGCUAAUGUGUUUUCAUUUUGUGUUUUUUAGAGGAAUCCUAUAACAGUGUCAUUACACAGGAAUCAGGGUCUCACUGUACCGUGAAUAAAAAAAAAAAAGAAGAUGAGAAACUGCAUAUCAGUAAUCUUCAGUGUAUUUUAAAGAUGGACAAGAUGCCAGAAAAUAAAAAAAGACCUGAAAACCA